CAGCGCUCAAGGAUUAGGCCAUUAGUAAUUAGUUGGGACACUGAGUCACACCGCAGGCACCGAGGACACAGCCACUCUCUUAUCUGCCACUCCUACACUGCAACCCAGACCAAUACCUUCCACUAGAAACCAUGUCGAAGGAAAAAUUGGAAGGCCUGGUGAAGCGCAUGGAGGUGACCCUCGUGGAGAUGGAGCAGCUGAAGCUGCACUGUGGCCGGCAGAGCGAGGAGCUGAGCCAGCUGGUAGUUGAGCUCCGCAGGGAGAACCAGGAGCUCGCUGAGAAGUACAACCAGCUGGCCCAGGACAUGAAGGAGGCUAAAGAAAUCAUCGAGCAGUUGCAGGACACCAAGUACGCUUUUGACGCAAAGGAGAGGCAAGCCCAGAAGCUCAGCCGACAACUCUGAGAUACCGCAAACGGACUGGUGACCCAAUGGUUACUAGGUGCAUGUGGCAUCUCACAGAGAU